AUGGAUAAUGACACGGCGCAGUCAACCAAUGAUCCUACAUCUCGAGAUGGUGAUGGUGAUCGAAGUCCAGAUCCAGAGCCAAGCCAGUAUCCAUCUCCAGAUCAAGAUUCACAUCCACUCCUGACAUCCCUACCACUGGAAGAUUCAGAGGACCUAGGUUCAGACGCCUUUAUAUUCGCUCCUGAACUGUUUCUCCAACCUCCUCCGGACCAAGAAUCCGGUGGUCCGUCUUCGUCGUCAUCAUCACCGUCACCGUCUCAGACAGUGCUGAUAGGGGAGACGGUGACGACGACGACGACGACGAGGAUAUCAGACCAUCAUGGGCACGAAUGCGGCCAUGCACGUCAAUCAGACACAAACGUUGCGGCGGAGGAGUCUUCUUCACCCAGAGGAGAGCCGAGACUCGAGGAGACGGCAUCGUCACGGGCGGAGAAUAUCAGCGUCGGAGACGAAGUGUUCAUCCUGGACGCGCGCGGAAACAGCAUCGUGUCCACGGACGCCGUUGACCCGGCGCAACUGCUGCGUGUGUGUCGUCAGCAGAAUGACAUGGCUGGUCUCGCUGAUUGUGCGGCUCACCCUCGCUCUCGCCAGGGUUAUACUUGUGGUCAAGGCAAUGGCAAUGGAAAUGGCACCUCGGCGUCCAUCUACAUGAUGACCGGCACGCUGGAGAUACAAGGGGUGGGACUGGCAUACCAUUUCGUGCCGACGGGGGCGGUCGGGGGACGAGCUCGGGCGGCCUGGCGUCGAGAGGCGAUUGUCAAGGUCAGGUUUCGAGCUGGACAACACGUCAGAUACACCGAGGACGGGACCGAAUGGGCGGCACUGGUCGAGAGCGCCGAGGUCGUCGACCAUAGGCGCUGCUAUAACCUGUUUCUGCCGGCGUCGGGAUCUGGCCGAGUCUUGGUCACCGAUGAAUUUUUGAGAGAGGUGUAG